AUGGGAGGUGGAGGAUAAGAGAGCGCAGAGAGCAACGGAGAGACUGAGAAAUGGAGAAGUACUUCGGUAACGCAUACAGAGGCGACCCGGGGGUCCCACACGCCGACCCGGAACGAUUUGUGAACAUAUGGAUCGGGUCCGCCGCCUUCUCAGCCCUCACCUGGGUCAAUCCCUACAUGUGGCAGCUCUCCAAUCAGUUCAAUUGGCAUGACAAAGCAAUGCUGUUUGAGCAGUACCACUGGAAGAAGGCCAUGAAGAAAGGGGAGCCCUACAAAUUUAAGUGGAACGAGUACAUGGACAGGGACCACAGGGAGUCCUACUAUUUCAACUGGCCUGUUUACUUCCCUUAGCUGUUUUUACUUGUAUGUUGAAAUGGGCAUGCUCUUGUUUCGAAUUCGACUUUGCUGAAACUCUCAUAGCAUGAAGGGUUAUAAGGUUUAUUGUGCUUCUUCAUUGUAAUCAUAUUCUGUAUUGAAUCGAGUGCUUAAAUCCGAAUUUCCUCCUUUGUCGUUGCUAA